CCCCUGCUCUGGCCUUUGCUGCCAAGGAAACUCCAUGGUUUGCAGCACACGCUCCUGAGUGUGGGAUUGUUCCUUUGGUGUGCUUCUAACCCUUUGUAAGAAAUCCUAUUUGGUUUCUCUUAAAAUGCUUAACUAUGCAUUUUUUUUUUUUGUAGUAGGCUUUUCUGAGAGGUAUAACCAAGUACAUCUCUUUUUUAAUACAGGAGCUGCUCAGGGUGAUGAGGACAAUCGAUGAUAGAAUUGUUCAUGAAUUAAACACAACAAUUCCAACAGCUUCCUUUGUGGGGAAGGUUGAUCCUGGUCAGACAUGUAAAGAGCUGUACGAGUCUUUGAUGGCUGCUCAUACCAGCAGAGAAAGAAUCAUCAAAAACUGCAUCUCUCAGACUUCCGCUGUAGUGAAAACUCUCAAAGAAGAGAGGGAAAAGGCUGAUGAAGAUGUAGCAUUAUUAAAGCAACUCAGGAAAGAGCAGACAAAGGUAUUUAAUGAGCGGUGCCGAAUUCACUACAAGCCUCCGAAGAGUCAAUGAUGGUGUGGGGUAUUUUCCAUCAAGGUGGUCCAUAACUGUGAGAGCCAAACUGGAAAGAGACUUUGGGUGAGCUGAAUUGGGACCCUCCAGAGCCAGUAGAACCCAGUCUUGUUUUGUUUUGGACCUACUUAGCUGAAUUCUCAAGCUUGAAAUGAUUCUCCUGUAAUUAACAGAAAACAACUCAUCUUUUGUACAAAAUAUGUGAACAAAUGAAUUUUAUAGUAUUAAAACAAUUUUCAAACGGAAUGCAAAACUGGCAUCUUUCUUGAACUUCCACAGCCUUAGUGAUCCCAGAGGGGAAGAAACAGUAAAAUCCAUCCUGAGCAUGGAGGACAAGGUCUCCCUAAGCUGCUGCCUGCUAAAAUAUCAGUGAACAUGGUCAUUUUGUGGAAGUAAUCUGCUGAAGUCUGAAAGGAAAUAAAAAUUGCAGACUGAUCAGCAAAUGUA